AAAGUAUAAAAUGUUACUAAAAGAUGUCCCGCCAGACUAUGAAACAAUUGGUACCAUAUUUGGUUAUGCAUUAUUGGUGCUUUCGUGGAUUCUUAUUAUACUCACUUUUCCAUUUUCAAUGUGUGUUUGCUUGAAGGUCAUUAAAGAAUAUGAAAGAGUAGUAAUAUUCCGGAUCGGGCGAUUGGUAUUUGGAGGUGCUCGUGGACCGGGCAUGAUUUUUGUUAUACCUUGCAUUGAUACCUACAGAAAAAUCGAUCUUAGCAACAGAUCUUAGCC